AUGCCCUCAUACGUCCUCACCGGCCGCGGCGGCGCUGGCAACACCCACCGCCUCGCCCCCUCCUCCUCUUCCUCCCCCUCCACCACCAAGAAGCCCGUCGCUGCAUCGACCACUAGCAGCAGCAGCACCCCGCGCAUCGUCUCCUCGGGCGUCGGCGGCGCAGGCAACAUGCGCGCCCUCGACGCCGGCGCGCGCUCGUCGGCCGCCCACGCCCUCCAGCAGGACAUGCGCCGCGCCGCCGCCCGCGACCGCCACCCCGUCGGCUACGCGGGUCGCGGCGGCGCCGGCAACGCCUACGCCUACGCCGGGAGCAGCGCGAGCGACGCCGACGACGACGCGAGCCUGCUGAGCGGCAGUAGCGCCGCGAGCAGCGUCGCGGAGAGGGCGCGGGGUUGGGCCUCGCGCGUCAGCGGCAGCUUCUCCCGCUCUUGA